GCGUGGAGCUCUCACUUUUGACAUUCUCUCCGCAGUAGCUUCUCUCCUCAAGGCAGAGUCGCAAACUCUUAUGACAUCACCCAACCACUGAAUGGGGGAAGUUCGCGUUUAGAGAAAGAAAAGCUUUUUUCUGUGGAUGAGCAGUAUUAAGAUAUUGGAACGCUUGUUUUAAAGCAUGCGCUGCCUUUUAAACUUCAACCCCAACGGCAAGGAAGAACGAAUUAAAAUGCUGACAACUUUUUGUUGAUCUUGUCUGUGGGAAUAAUUUGUUUUGGGAAGCGUGGAGUGCGCUACAUCGCUAAAAGGCCCCUCACCAACGAAGUUUUAAGGCAAUUUAAAACUCUUGCAACGCGUAAUCUUGUUUUUUCAAGCAGGAUAAUCUUUCGUUUGGGGAUAGCGCGGACAGAAGGCAGGGGGAGACGACUUUUCUCGACUUGAUUUCUCGCCUAUGGACGACAGCAGUCCUCUCUCUCCAAAGGCAAAUGCUUUCAGUAUUGCCUCUCUGAUUUCAGCGGCAGAGCAAGCAGGAAACGCAACAUUUGACAAACACGGCACUGGCCCGGACAAGCACGACCAGCGUAACUGCUACAGAUCCUUUAAAAUGCACUACAGCACUGUCACCAGGGAAAUGGAAGCAAUAUCCAGUCCGUGGCUGACGCAGCUGUCCCAUUUUUGCGAUGUUGCAGCCUUCACGACGAGCAGUUUGAGCAGUCUCAAUACGCCGGGGAGUUAUCAUCUCUCUCCUUCCCCUGGGGACCCGUAUAGUCAGCAUGAAACCCACUUCGAGCCCUGCUCUGCCGCCCAGCACAGCUAUAACUACACAGGGUCGAACCCGGCUCAGGCCCAGCAGAACGACACCGGGACAUCUAACUGCUCCUCGUCGUCCUCAAACUCGACGCCAAACAGCAAGUCGCUGGUGAAAAAGAACCCCAAAGUGGCGAACAUUAACGUACAGUUGGAGAUGAAAGCUCUGUGGGAUGAGUUUAACCAACUUGGAACUGAGAUGAUUGUUACCAAGGCUGGAAGGAGAAUGUUUCCUACGUUUCAAGUAAAAAUCUUUGGAAUGGACCCUAUGGCUGACUACAUGCUCUUAAUGGAUUUCCUACCAGUCGACGAUAAACGAUAUCGGUAUGCCUUUCACAGCUCCUCCUGGUUGGUGGCCGGUAAGGCUGACCCCGCCACUCCCGGGAGAGUGCAUUACCACCCUGAUUCUCCCGCUAAGGGCGCUCAGUGGAUGAAACAGAUUGUCUCAUUCGAUAAAUUAAAACUUACCAACAACUUGCUGGAUGACAACGGUCAUAUUAUUCUCAACUCCAUGCACAGAUACCAGCCGCGGUUCCAUGUUGUGUAUGUGGACCCUAGGAAAGACAGUGAAAAGUAUGCAGAAGAAAACUACAAGACAUUUGUUUUCGAGGAGACAAGGUUCACGGCUGUCACAGCCUACCAAAAUCACAGGAUCACACAGCUGAAAAUCGCCAGUAAUCCUUUCGCGAAGGGUUUCAGAGACUGUGACCCAGAGGACUGGCCUAGGAAUCACAGGCCAGGAUCCCUGCCAAUAAUGAGUGCCUUUGCCAGAACAAGGAACCCCAUGUCAUCGCCCUCACAGCAGAAUGGCACAGAAAAAGACGACAGCAGACGGGAGUACGAUCGAGACCCGAGCGGGACGCCCAUCCACGCCGAUCCGGCCCACCAGCUGAUGUCGCGCGUUCUCAGCCCUGCCCUCCCGGUCCCCGGGGGGCUCCACGCCGUCCCGCUCACCACCGGCCGCCCCAGCCCUCCCCACGAACUGAGGCUCGACGGACACCCCCAGGCCCCCGACACCCUCCACCAUCACCCCUACAAGUACCCCACCACCUACGAACACUACCUGGGGGCUAAGACCCGGCCAUCCCCCUACCCCCUGCCCAGCAUCAGAGGACACAGCUACCAUCAUCACAUGAACCCCGCCACUGCCAACAUGUACUCUGCCACCAGCGCUCCGGCAAAUUAUGACUACGGGCCUCGAUAAUGACUGGUGCAUAGCAGGUCGGACUGUGGAAAAAAAAACAACCAACACACACAGAUAAACACUGCUUUGCGUGCAUGGUUUAUGCAGUAUAAAAUGAUGAAGAGAACCAACCCUCCCUCUGUGGAUGGAUACUCUUGAAAAACCUGCGGUAUUUAUUAAAGGUGGUGUGUGUUCACAGGAAGUACAGUUUGGCCACCUGGGCCCCACGAAAGGUCACCCCCUGUCUUUUGGACUGUACUACAGACAGAGCUUCAGUAAGGCACCAUUGCCUGUUAGCUGGGGGAUGAACAUAACCAAGAGAGAAGACUAGAGGAUGCUCUUAUAAACAAGGAUGAUGCAUUUUCACGGACUGGAAUUUCAUUUUGUGUUGGAUGCACUUUUUGUUUCUUUUUUUUUUUGCUUUAAAAAUAAGCCAUAUGUUAUGUUAAUCCUGAGCCCAUCAAGCUUCUAGAUAGACAAGAUAUCUGCAUGUUGAGCUCGUUGAAGGCUGUUGAGAUGCCUUAAAAUGUUUUUGUUUGAGAGAAAAAGACAAGUUUUUCGACACCCUGGGACACCCCGAGCAGUUCUGAGAUCAGCUUGUUCCACGGCACUGACUAGUGAACCUGAGAAGUAAACAUGAUAAAUCAAAGACGAUAUUUCCGUGCUGUAACUGUAAAAUAAAUAUUAAAUUCUUUACUGUA